GGCGAAGUACUAAAAAAGGGAGAAGAGAAGUUCUUUGUGUUAUCAUAAUUUUCUCUCUCUUCUUGUAGAAAAAGUAUCACUUUCUCUCUCUAUAUACAUACGGAGCCAUAGCUAUAUGUAGAAAUGGUGGAGAGGAGCUGUUGAUGGUGCUAAACACUUUGCUUUUUGCUCAGAAUUUGCUCUUAAAACCCAGAUUGUAACCAACUACUUUGGUAUCUGUUAGUCCACCAACAUGACUAUGAGUAAUCCGACUAUUGAAACUGAAGAUACCUUUGCCAGCUUGCUUGAACUUGCUGCCAACAAUGAUAUAGAGGCCUUCAAAAUAUGGAUUGAGCGUGACCUAGCUAGUAUUCAUGAGGUUGGACUGUGGUAUGGGCGCCAAAAGGGCUCAAAGCAAAUGGUUCUUGAUCAUAGAACUCCUUUGAUGGUUGCUGCUACGUAUGGAAGUAUUGAUGCUCUAAAGCAGAUUCUAUCUCUACCUGAAGUUGAUGUGAAUCGUUCUUGUGGCCAUGAUAAGAGCACUGCCCUUCACUGUGCUGCCUCUGGUGGAUCUCUGAAUGCUGCAGAAGCUGUCAAACUUCUCUUAGGAGCCGGUGCUGACCCACACUCUAAAGAUAUCAAUGGUCACUACCCUAUUGAUGUUAUAGUUGUAUCUCCUAGCUUUCACCUGGUUAAAUCAUGCCUAGAAAGCCUUCUGAUGACUAGUACAAUUGGGGACUGCAAGCUGCGGGUGUCAGUGUCCACUUCAAGCUCUUCUCCUCCACGUUCGCCUUCUCCUGGAAAUAGAUCACCAUCUUCUGUUUCAGACUCAACAUUUUCCCCAAAGAGUGCAAAGUCCAGUGACCUCCCAGCAUAUUCUAUACCAGAAAAGAAAGAAUACCCUGUUGACCCCUCCUUGCCUGACAUAAAAAAUGACAUAUAUUCUUCAGAUGAAUUCAGGAUGUUCUCAUUUAAGAUCAGACCUUGCUCUCGUGCAUACUCGCAUGAUUGGACUGAAUGUCCAUUUCUCCAUCCAGGCGAAAAUGCUCGAAGAAGGGAUCCAAGAAAAUACCACUACAGUUGUGUACCUUGCCCUGAGUUCCGCAAGGGAGCUUGCCAACGUGGGGACAUGUGUGAAUACGCUCAUGGGGUCUUUGAGUGUUGGCUGCACCCUGCACAAUAUCGAACUCGGCUUUGCAAAGAUGGUAUAGAUUGUAACAGAAGAGUUUGCUUCUUUGCCCACAAGCAGGAGGAUCUAAGACCACUUUAUGUCUCUACUGGUUCUGCUGUUCCCUCACCUUGUGGGAAUUCUGCUGCUGCCAAUGCUAUGGAUUAUGCUGCAGCCAUGGGCCUAAUACCAGGUUCUCCUUCCUCAGUCUCUGUCAUAUCACCAUCACCUUUCACACCUCCAAUAUCACCUUCUGCUAAUGGAAUUUCAAGCAUGGGUUGGGCCCAACAAAACGCCCCACCCUUGCAUCUUCCUGGCAGCUUUGUUCAUUCGAGUCGCUUACGGUCAUCGCUCAAUGCUAGAGGUAUACCAGCUGCAGACCUGACUACAUAUCCAGAUUUUGAUGUGCAACGACAGCAGCUCCUAAAUGAGUUUUCCUGCCUAUCCCAGCGUAGCAGCAUGAGUUCUGAUUCUUUGAACCAUUCAGCUCGUCCUAUGACCUUUACCCGUGCAAAUCUUGAGGAUUAUUUUCCUGCAGAGAGCUCAUCUCCUAGAUUUUCUGAUCGAACAGUAGCUCAAUCUGUUUUUUCCCCUACCCACAAUUCUGCAGUUUGCAGUCCAUUUCAGCAGCAGCAACAGAGCCUGUUAUCUCCCAUUAAUAUGAAUUUCUCGCCAAGAAACAUUGAUAAUCCUCUAUUACAGGCCUCAUUUGGAGUUCCAUCAUCAGGGAGGAUGUCUCCCCGAGCAAUGGAGCCAAUCUCACCAAGAAAUUCCCGUGUGUCAAUAUUAGCGCAACGUGACAGGCAGCAGCAAUUUAGAAGUCUCAGCUCUCGUGAUCUUGGCUCCAAUGUUUCUGCUAUUGUAGGGUCACCAGCUGAUACUUGGUCAAAGUGGGGUACAGAUACGGGAAAGCCAGACUGGGCUGUCAAUACUGAGGAGUUGGGUAGGCUAAGGCAAUCAUCAUCAUUUAAGCUUGCUAACAAUGGAAAAGAGCCUGAUCUGUCAUGGAUACAAUCUCUUGUCAAAGAAUCACCACCAGAAAUGAUGAAGGAUAAAUGUGUUCGUCAUGUCUCUGAACCCGAACUAACAGGUGCUGGUGCAGAUCUUGGUGAAGGCUCUACGUCCCAUUCCCAGAUUGAUCAAUUGAGUGCAUGGAUGGAGACAAAAAACACUAAUUGAUUUCUUCUAUCUACCCAAGCCUUGGUGGGUACCUGUAGAAUUAGUCGAGGUGUUCUCAAGUUGGCUCGGACACCACCAUUAGAAAGAAAUAUUCUAAUUCUUCAUUUUACUGAUCCUUGACAUCCUCAAAAGUAAGGUUCUGGUAAAUAGUAACUGCAUUUUAUUCUACUUUUCUUGACAUGUUUUCUUGGGAGCAAGACAACCGUGCAAACCGAGAAACAACAAGCAGAGCAAGGAGGUCCUGAAUUUGGAAGAAUAUUGACCUUUUUUUUUGUUUUCUAUUUGAAUUUGAUUCUUACUUUUCUUGACAUGAAGAUAAGCUUGUACCUUGUUUCAUUGUACUAUCAAUUGAUGAUCUUUGACGUGAAGUUACCUUCAUUUGAGAUUUGA